AUGCUAAUGGAUUCAAAUAAUCUCAAUUAUCAGAAAUAGAAUAAUCGUACCUAUGCCAAUAAUGCUGGGCCAGGUAUGGAUCUUAAGAAUGCAUUCUACUAAGAGGUGAAUGACGAGGACUCAUCUGCAAUGGGUCUAUCAACUUUAAACAGAGGCGACUAAAAUGAUCUUGACUCUAUGCGACAAAAUAGGUUGAACAACUAAGAUGAUGAUGAUGAUAUCAAUGACAGGUAUGAGUAUUCAGAAAAUGGUGGAAUAACAAAUAAUGAUCCUUAUAUGAAUCACAAUAAAUCUGAUUUAAAUCGUCGAUUCAGAUAAAACUAAUCCAACAUCGGCAUCAAUAGAAAUAAUAUAGUGAACCCCUAAGAGAUUAGGCAGAGCAAUUAAUCAUAUGGAGGAAUUGAACACUUACAGAUGAAAUCACGAACAAUAGAGCCAAUGACUAAUGCAGACAAAUAAGUUUAGAAUAAUUACUUUGUGGGUGAGGAUUAAUUUGUUGAUCCUGAGAAUGGGAAAUAGAAAGGCAGGUAUAGAGAAAUAGAUCCUAACAUGUAGGGAAUCUCAUAAACUAUAGAUCCAGACAUAAUUAAGGGCAAAAAAAUUUUGAGAAAAUCAAAUCAAAACUAGUUAGGUGGGCUUAAGGUUACCAAUAACGAAUCUAAUCUUUAGCCUACCGCAGAGGGUUUCGACGAAACAUACUAACCUCCUAAAAAAGGUAAAUUUAAGAAAGACCGUGAAUAAGAGAUGAUUAUCGAUGAUAAUGAAUAAAGCUCCAGGGGUUUUAAAAAUGAAACUACCUAAAAUUAUUUGAAUGCUCAAUUAUAAAAUCCAAAUUAAAAUAGCCGUAAAAAUCUAAAAACAAAUGAAGACUUGGCUGAAUAGAAAGAAACUUUUAAUGAUAUGCUUGAGUUCUACAAUAGAUCACCCAAAGUAGGUUAUGAAACAAAUGAAGAAAACGACAAUGCUAGGAACAAAUCUCAAGCUAUUCUAGAUGAAAAUCCAUAUCAGCAAAUUUAGUUUCCAGAGAAUGAAGAUGAUGAUCUCAAAAAAGAGAGAUCACCAUCAAUAGACUAUGAAAAUGAUAAGACCAGAGAGAGAGAGGUUAAAAUUAAAAAAAAGAAAAUUUUAAGGAAAAAUAAAGAUAAAGCAUAUGCAAAUUAAGAAUAUCAAGAUUAGAAUAGAGCACUUGAGAAGUUCGCUUAGAAUUUCCAGAUGAAAGAUAGUAAUGUGAACAAUGAGGAUUUAAACGAUAGAAGUUUGGAUUCUGAAGAAUAGGAUGACUAUACAAAGGAAUACCUAAGAUAGUAGAAAAAUAAAAGUAAAUAAAACACAUCAAGACUAGUAAAGAAUCAAAAGCAAAUGGAUCCAAAUUAAUACGGUCUUCAAUAAGUGAAGGUUGCUGAAGUACUUGAGGAAACUAGAAAGACUUCAAGAACUCAAAGAAAUAACAAGCUUGAUGAGACCAAGAGCUAUAAAGGAGACUAUACUGAUAGAGAGAGAGAUUUUGGUAAGAGUCUAAACAAAACAGCAAUGAACACCAUCGAUAACAAGUUCGAGGUGGGCGAAGUGGAAUAUAAAGACGAGGAAUUAAAUAAAAGUUAGAGUAGAAUAGCAUCUAAAAAGAAUACUCAAAGAUUAGAGAGAGAUGAAGUUAGAUAGUAAUCAAAUACUGAUUUAGGAAUAGGGGCAGAGCAUACAAUUAAAGAAAUAUAGUACUAAGAUAAAAUAAGACGUAAAAGAGAGCAAGAGUAAAAAAGAAGAUUGCAAUAUGAUAGUUCUAAGCCAAUGUUAGAUUCCUAAGAGCGGUAGGAUGACUAUGACAACCAAGUAAACUAUUCUUAUGUUGUGACUAAUGAAAAUUAGAGGAUUUUGGAUUCCGAUGAAGAGUAAAAAAUGCGCAAGAUCAUUAUGAGUAAAGCUGAUGAAAACGAAGAAGAUGACGAAGAAGAUGAGGAUAAUGACUAUGACUAUGGAGAUGCUUAAAUUAGACAGGUCCCUGCUAGGUCAGGGCACAUAAGUGAGCUCCCUCCUAAUGUUUAGGAUUUUGUGGAGAUCAGUUUAUAAAAAUCCCAUGACCAAUCAAUCAGCAACUCUUAAAAGAGUUCUGCUCGUCAAGAGCAAAAUAAACUGGAACUUUCAGAUUAAUUUGACAAAUUACAUUAUAAUUUGCAGCAAGCACUCAAUGAUGCCUAGCUUAAUGAGUCUAGGAAAAAUAUAGAAAUCAUACCAUUUGAUACUGAGUGCUUUCACUCAUUGAUUUUAAACACAUAUGAUGACUGGUACAGCGAUGUGUCUAUCAAAUGGAAUAUUAAAGAUUACAUGGAAGUAGUAGAGAAAUCGGAACUUGAAAAGAUAUUUGGAUAACUUCUAGAAUAGAAUGAAUAUAAUACAAUAACCAUUAACAACAUGCCAUUUUUGGAUUUAGGAGAUCGGCCAAGCACUUAUAAUCCAAAAAGACCUGAAGCUGAGCAGAUCUUUAUUGUCCCUGAGACUUAAAAGCCUUCUAAAAUAAUCAUUAGAUACUCAGACUGUAAGCCAGUCUAUUACAUUGGGAGUUUAAAUGAGAAGUAUAAUUAAUUUGGCUUAGAAGCUAAAGGAAUCAGUUUGCAUGAUAUUUAAAGCACUCUAAUGAAGGCAUCAAUUUAUCUAAGACCUUACAGAGGUUAGGUCUCAAGAAUUGAUAGAAUAAAUCUAAUUAAUAUUCUAGGAGGUUUAAUAAUAACGAUUGCUUUAUCCAUGUCAAUAGGCAUAACCAUUCAUUGGGCAUUCUCAUUAAUCUUCAUCGUAAUAUAUUUCUUCUUCGCAGCAUUAUCAAUUAGAAUAACUAAGAAAAAAUCUAACAGAUAUCUAAGACAGGCUCAUUUCAUGCUAGCUGUGUAUUGCCGCGCUGAAAAUAAUAGAUAUUUUCUCAAGAAUAAUAUAGAAAUGAGACCAGGAUUUUUAGCAAAGUGGAUAGAAUUCAACAUCAGAACGAAACAAGAUAAGCUUUCAUAAGCAGCUGAUUAAGAAAAUGGAGAAGGAUAAAAUAAUGAUGAAGAUUUAGCAGCUGCUGUUGCCUCAGGAGCAAUGGAGUUCUCAACUGAAAAAUAUGUAGACUUUAUGAGGGAUAGAUGGGAUAAAUAAAAGAAAGUUAGUCAAGCUUAAACAUUAAAGCAGGAAGGUAGAAGAGGACCUAUUCCUAUAAAAGACAUUGAGCAAUAUAAGCAAGAUCAAUAACUUGCAAUGCUACUGUAAGAGUAAGAAAGCAACAAUUUUGAUUAAUCAGCAAUGAAUGUUGAAAGCAAAAAUAAAUAGAGUUAAAAUGAUGAAGAUGGGGAUGAGGAGAUGAAGCAUGAUCCUCGCAAGAAUCAUAAGUAGAACCAUCCUUUGUUCAACUAAUAACUUGAUGGAAGGAGAAAGGUAUUGCCACCUUUGAAAAACUAGCCCUAAAUUAGCCAAGAUAAAAUUUAUUCAGGUCUAUACAUACCAAACACAGGUGCUACUGCAUCUAUUCCGAACAAGUAAAAAAUCCGUAAGAAUUUCGCAGUUGGAAUGUAAAACUCGCCUGAUAAGAAAUUCAGGAAUGAAGAGGACUAUAACUACUAGGAGGAAGAGUAAAACCUGCCCUCUUCAAUGAAAAAGCUUAAGAAAAACUAUUACAACAACAACUUACCUGCAAUUGUAUAACAGAAGAGCAACGCGAGUUUAAAGCAGAGUAGUGGGUUUUAAAAUGAGUAUGAAGAAGAUGAAAAGGUUGAGGAAGAUGGGCCAAACUAAAGAGUGUCUAUUUAAAGCAAUCAAAAUCUUUAGAAGCAGGCAAAUUAAGGCAGAGCAGCUAGCAGGCAAUAGCAAGUCAUGCAAAAGUAGCAAUCAUUUAAGAAACAAUUUUAAGAAGAUGUUAAGUAUGGUAAAAACAGCUCAGUAGGUAAUAAGAACAAUAUUGAAGAAGAUGACGAAGAUGAUGAUGACUAUUGA